CAUAUCGAUAAAGAAUUCAGGGAUUUAAGCAUUUAUUCACAAGAAUCGCAACGUAAAAUGCUGUUUGUUAUUAAAAGGCAGCGCCACAGUGACUUAAAGACGGCAGCACAUUCAACAAAUUUACUUAAAAUGAAUCCUAACUGCCCGUUUUUUUUGUUGUUGUUUUUAAACAAGAAUCGAGACUGCUUUAUGUCCAUAUCUAUAAAGAAUUGAGGGAUUUACGCAUUCAAUCACAAGAAUUUUCAACGUGAAAACCUCUUUGCCUGUGUUUCUACUUGGUCAGCUUUGACGGAGAUAGGCCUUCUAUUAAUCAGCCCCGCGCCCCGUCAAUACCAUUAUGAAGUCUAUGAGUGACCAUAUUUUGAUUUCCAAAAAGAGGACACUCGGGCCAGCCUGGAGAUACUUAAAUUUUACUCAAAGUUCACGCAAAGAUGCCUUAUUACUUAAAUACUAUAUUUAAAGUGUGCUUCUUCCAUCUGGAUAGGAAAAUUUAGUUUUAUUUUUGCAUUCAAAAACAUUUUUUUUUUAUUGAGCAACUUUUUUGAUUGAAUAAUAAACACACAAAUCUACUUCCAUUUAAACAUAGUCAGCAUCGUUCUCAUUAAGUCAUCAUUACACAGAAGUUGUUCAAACUGUAAUAGUUAAAUAUUUAAUUAAUAUAAUGCAGACCCAUGGAAGUGUAGUCCUGUACACAUACAGUAGGCUAUGUGCCAACUAAACAUUUUUAUAAAUUACUAUCAAUUGUCGUUGACAAAUUGUUAUUCCCACUUAAUUAUUAUUGUCAUUCAAUGUUCUAGAUUGGACACAAACAAUAACUGAAAUAAACUAACAAACAAUUCAACCAGCAUAUUUCCAAAUGCCGAAGUUCAAAACUCCAUUUCCCAUAAUGCCUAGUGCUUAGCUCACUGACAGCUACCCUAUUAGCCAGCACCAGUAGCCGAGGCAAAAAUUAGACAUUGCUAUCAAAGUUUACAAUCAUCCUCAGCACAACGAUGCGACACCAAACGAGAUUUUACAGAUCACACCAGUCAUAUGGUCACCCAAGUUUUAAACUUUGUUUCUUGCUAACAUCCAAAGCGCUUCUCUAAGUUGAGAUGAAUCGCCUCAAUAUACUUCUUUGACACCAAUUACUGUACUUCUUAUAUUAUUUUAACAGGGAUUGUACAUUGUCAAUAGAAUUCUGGGGAAGCUAGGUAAUGACAAGAUUUAAUAAAUAAAUGCUCUCCUACACCGCUGUUCACCUCUUGUUGCCAUUUUAAGAAAGCAAGUCUGUGAACAAGGUGUGUGCGGUGCGUUCAGGUGCUUAAUCUCCUCUAAUGAGACCGGCCAGAGGACAGAAAGGCUGCAACUGAGUGUCUCGGUGGGCUUCAUUAAAGACAAGAACCAGUCUUUGGCUUCAUUUGCACAGCGUGUUGUUAUACAUCAAGAGUUCCGGCAUGUUAAUGAGAAAAUAAAUCACGUCAUAGUGACUGUUGUCUUAAAAAUUGUCCUUGUUUUCGAGGCAGGAGUGACUUUCAAGGAGCGCAGGGAACGCUAAAUGGGAAAAACCAAAUUCUGUUUGAAGGCGUCCCACCGGGCCUUCACGGCGCAGGUGUGUGAAUUAAAAAGACGCAGACUUGUCGUUUCCGACUCUGGGUUCCCCCAGCGUCCCAUCUGUGCAUCUGCGACGCAGCACGCUGCGCCUCUUCCAGCUGGGAUCCUCCACAUUGUUUUCCGUCAAAAUGACAAGGCAACUGCGACUUGAGUCACGACUGCACUGGUUGACAUUCGAAGGAGGAAGAAGAAGGCCUUUUUGAGAAUACAGAGGUCACCAACAUUUGUGAAAAUGAGGAGAUGGUGGAAAAGGGGACAACGCUAUUAAAGAAGCUGGAAAUCAACGUAGCAGAGGCUGAGAAAAGAACGGGCAAAAAUUCAGUCAACAUGCAGGAAACCUACACCGUCUACCUCGUAGAAACACGCGCAUCAGAAACGCCCCCUAAUGUCUCUCCAGCCACCACACCUGACUCUCUGUGGAGACGCUACAGUGAAUUUGAGCUGCUCAGAACGUACCUAUUGGUCACCUACCCUUACAUCAUAAUCCCUCCGCUGCCAGAGAAAAGGGCCGAGUUUGUGUGGCACAAACUGUCAGCAGACAACCUCGACCCUGACUUUGUGGAGCGGAGAAGAGUCGGCUUGGAAAACUUCCUCCUGCGCGUGAUGUCACAUCCUGUUCUUUGCAAGGACAAGAUAUUUUACCUUUUUCUUACAGAGGAGAAGGGAUGGAGGGAUGCAGUUUUGGAAACGGGUUUCCAAGAUAAGGCUGACUCCAGACUGAAAUCCCUGAGUGCCAUGUUCAGAGUUAAGAGCCCUGACAAGCGCUUUACAGCACUGAAACAGUAUAGCGAUGAACUGAAUACUGCCAUCUCUCAACUUCUCAGAGUGAGAGCAAGAGUAGCAGAUAGACUAUAUGGCGUCUACAAAGUCCAUGGCAACUAUGGACGAGUAUUUAGUGAAUGGAGCGCUAUAGAGAAAGAGAUGGGAGAUGGGCUGCAGAGCGCUGGUCACCACAUGGACACUUACGCAGCUUCCAUAGAUGACAUUUUGGAGGAAGAAGAGCACUAUGCCGACCAGUUGAAGGAAUAUCUCUUUUACACCGAGGCUGUGCGGUCGGUGUGUAGGAAACAUGAACUGAUCCAGUAUGAAUUAGAAGUAGCAGCUCAAGAUCUGUCCUGUAAGAAGCAGCAGAAAGAAGAACUAGCCACUGGGAUGGUGCGUGUUUUCUCCCUGAAGGGAAUGACCAGUAAAUUGUUUGGCCAGGAGAGCCAAGAGCAAAGAGAGAGUAGGCUAGCAGCCUUGGAAGAGAGCAUCAAGGAGGGCGAGCAGAUGCUCAAGGAGAAGAAUGCAGAGUGCCAAGAGUUUGUGCAAACAGCCUGGGAGGACAUCGAGCGUUUUAAGGAACAGAAGGACAGAGAUUUACGGGAAGCACUUAUCAGCUAUGCUAUCAUGCAAAUUAGCAUGUGCAAGAAGGGAAUUCAGGUGUGGUCCAAUGCCAAGGAAUGUUUCAACAAAAUGUGAGCCACAUUCCGACAGUCACCAACCCAGCCGAAAACUACAACUUAAAUAUUCAGCCUGGUACUAUGCUGGUCAUUUGAUACCUGACUAGUCUUUUUGAGAUGGACUACUUGGACUUUGGAAGCUAGUAAUGCACAUUGUCAGCUUUCGAAUCAGAUUCUUGAAAUUCCAGUCCUAAAUUUUCCAAAGCUUCUUUCUCAGUAUGGCACAGAAUCAUUUCAUCCAGAGAGCAGGUACUACUAGUUCCAUACAAGAGAUGUUUGUUCUGGAUAACGACGUGUUGUGUCAUGAGUUAUACCUCAGAUGUUCCUUUGGGGAUUUUCCAUGCCAAAUCUAGGAUUACCAACGGGUCAUGGACUAUUUGCAUUCUACAAGGCAACUAUAAACCUAAAUCAAAUAAAAACUGAGAAAGUCAUCUCACCCCUAAUCUAAAUAAAUGCAAUUUAUCUUGUCAAAUACGAAAUCUUGAUAAGAAACGCCUUUCACUUUUUGACAUUCUCUGAUAAGGAGUAAACCUUGGUCAUUUAUGAUGACUUCUUCUCAUGUGCAAAUAAAUUGCAGUGGGCUAGAGCCAAUCAAGGUCACCAUUUUGGUGUGAAAUGUUUUUUUUUCUUUUGAAUGACUGAAAUGUGCCACUUUCACUAACUGUGUCAUCUAACAAGUUACCAAAGCAUGUAUGUUUGGUUCAUGUUGGACUUUUUAACUCAUUGGUUGCUGUUGGCGCCGAUAGAUGUCCAAUCCAUUUUGCCUGAAAGGGUUGGCAGCGAUGAUUUGCUUUAGUCAUUGAAAAAAAUAUGGAAGUCGCUGCCAUUUAUGUCUACUGUUUCUUUUCGUAUACAAUUUUGGCAACAUAUAGAUCAGUGGUUUUUAACCUGGGUUCGAUUGAACCCCAGGGGUCGAUUAAGUCUAAUGGGUUCAGUGACGGUUAAGACACACGGGGCCCGAUUUUCGUACACUGACUAAAGGCAAAGUGUCGUUUUAGACAAAGUUUUGGACUGGUUUGCCCCUAAUUCACAGGCUACAUUCCAUUCCAUUCAACUGCCAGCCCUCUAUCUAAUGGGAGGAGAACCUGGUUAGCUCAGUGGAAGGUUGACCUGCACUUGGCACGAGGACGCAUAACAAACAUUUGUGUCAUAUUUUACACUAUGAAAAUAGUAUGUGACGAAAGGAUACAACACUAAAAUGAGAAUGUAGACAUGAAGACAAUAAAAUCCCGUAAAAAUCAGCAAAAGGCACAAUUAUUUGUAGUAUAUUUGAAAUUUGAAGUAAUUUGGGAAUUCACUCAGAAAUUAGCUUGCUAUAGCAUAGCUAUAUCAUUUUGAAUUUGAAAACAAUUGCUUUAGCAUUCACUGAAACCUUCAGAAUUAAAUAAUAAUGUGCAACUUGUGGGGUUCAGUACCCUUAGUAAGGUUUAAGAACCACUGAUCUAGAUAAAAUUGGAUGUCCAUCAUCAUCCAUGGCAGCCAUUGAGUUAAUAAUUACAAUACUGUAUAUAAAUCACAAAAAUGGUCAAUCGAAUUCUGCCAAAUCAAUUCUGAUCAAUUGUGGAUCUGAAAUAGAAAUGUAAAAGCUUUAUGUUGUUGUUCCAAAUGGAUUUGAUGGGAUAUCAUUUUUGUAUGUUGUUGUAAUUGUGGUAAAACACUAAUAAUAAAU